CACUCGUCAACCGAUACCGUACACUACAAAACCAACAAGGUCUCAGCGUCUCAGCCUCCCUUCCAAAGAUAGAGCACUGCGUCGGGCGCAGGAUAAUAGUCUACAGUCAAGAUACUGUAUCAAGUCUCUCAGAGCUGAUGCUUUAGUGUCGCCGACAUCUAGAGUGAGGGACUGUAGUGGCGUUACUUACUACGCACGGAUCUUUUCCUGUUCUCCAUCUUGGGAGUGUUUUGGGUAGAUCCACAUGCAGCUAUGGCACACAACAACCCCUAUGCAAGUCAGUCAUCCUCGAAUGGGUACCGUCGAUUCUCCUACAACAGCAAUGCUAACAAUGCUAACAACAACAACAGCACCAACAAUGGAGGAUCUCGGUUGCAGCCAGCAUCCAUAUACCAUCCACAAGCAUCACAGCUAUCACAGCAGCAACCCCAAAAUGCCCCUCCACCACAAGCACCACCACAACAACAACCACCACCACCACAACAGCCACAGUUGGAUCAGCAGCAGCAAGCCCUGAUUGCGGACCUAAGACGACAAUUGGAAGAGAAAAAUGAAGAUAAUUUUGAUCUCUCUGCCAGUCUGGCGGCCGUGCAAGUGGAAACCAACGAUAAAAUGGAACUGGCCGAAAAAGAAAGCAAACAGCAAAUUGCCAAGCUAGAAGAAAAAUUGAGACGGACUCAGCAAGAUGCCAAUCGAGCCAGAGCCGCCUUGAAGAAACAACAACAGCAGCAACAACAACAGCAGCUUGCUACGACAAAGACCAAUGCCCAACAAUCUCCACUGCGACAAAAUAAUAUUAGUUCACCGUUGGACCCGAGAGCAUCAUCACGCUUGGAACACAACAAUUCAAAACCAGAAACACUGACAUGCAGUGCUUCGUCACCAAAACCAGCAGUCAGUCGGUCCAACAAUGAUCAUCCCAUGGUGGACGCUGAUCCGAAAGCACAUACCACUACUGCUACAAGCUAUUCCUCCAUUUUGGCCCAAAAAUUGCUUCUGGAGUUGCUACCCGAAAGCCAUCAAGUACAUGCUUUGCUAUCAUAUGCCAUCAGUGACGCAUCCAGUAAUUCUUCGCACAGUCCACCACAAGACGAUGUCACCCUGAUUUGGAAUCUCGUCCAACAAAGUGUAGAUUGUUCCAAUCAUCAAGCUCUGGCUGUUCUAGAGAAAGCACUGCUCUGGAGUCCACAGGGUUGCAACGCAUUGGUGGAAGCUGCGGGUUGGAAAAUCUUCCAGGAAGAAGAGCCAGAUGAAAAUAUGGACAACAACAACGUUUUGGCAAAAACAGGAUCCACCAUUCGGUUCGCAUCCCACAACAAUCGGCAACAGGCACGUCUACAGGCCAUUGCACUCCAACUCAAACAACCGCUAGGUUUGAUGUCCUCUAGUGCAAGAGGCCCACGGCAACACCACAAGUCAUUCAGCCCCAAGCAACAGCUGUUGGCUUGUCAACUGGUGACAAAGCUCUCCGAAUCCAUUGCUUCCAACGACAACAAGGUGUCUCUGGGAAUCCUGGCCCGGCUUUUGGCCCACUGUGAUGGACAAACCCAUCAACCAUCUGUAGCCGUUCUAGAGCCUGCCAUGACCGGCAUUGUGGCCCGUUUGCAAGCUCAUCGUCCAAUGACGGACCAAGUACGUGGCUACGAUCCAUUGCCUCGACUGAUACCUGCCAUCGACGAGGAAAUGGAACCGGUGGACGGCGACGACGACAAGAAGACUACUCAAUGUGCACGACUAGUUCCAACUAGUCUGCCCUUGAAAGAACUGGAUCCCAUGCUUUGUGAAGUCUGCCGUCAAAUUCAACGACUGCUGCCGACCAGCGACGACGAAACUGCCACCACGCAGAACGAUUUCGUUCAUCAAUGGAGAAAAGCGGUAGUGGCCAAUGCCUGUGAUAUUCUUGAAGGAAGCCUUUUGCCGUUUUUGCUGGAUCUGAGCCAAGAACCAAACAACAACAGUGAGUCGCCGUCGGAGGUUGUCGUGGCGGCAUGGCAAGAAUGGAUCCCAUGGUUGUCCGGUCUUGUUCAAGACAAGAAUGGACGGCACUUGUUGCGCACGCAGUUUCCAAUAAUCAUUGCUACUACUACAACAAUGCUACAGCAAAAGGCGGACAACAAUGGAGCAGACGAUUCCAAGCCCAAGGGAGUUGAUAUCAGCUGUUCCGCCAUGGGAGUAGUUGUGGAAAUCUUCUAUGCCAGCGCCAUGAUUGAGCAAUGUCAGGGGCGGGAUGAUGUUGCCCCUGAAAUCUUGUCACUCUGCCGCACUUUACAAAACCAAUCCAUUCGAUGCAUUCACAGUUGGUUGCAAUGCUACGAGGCUCGCAAACGAAAUGAGAUUUCCUUUUUGGAUUUGGUAUCCGAGUAUUUGGAGUUCUACAAGAGUGCCUGUGCUUGGAUUUUGCACCAAGGAGACGUGGGGUCUACCUCGGUGGAUCCGGACUGUGUGACCAUGGUGGCAAAGCAGGUAGAAGAACUUGUACUGGAUGAAGAUGAACAUUUGCAAGAAAGGGAAAAGUUGUACAAGAAGAAGGGAUAAGCGAUUGUAUUUCACACAAACAACUACCCAGCCGCUCGACUGGGGUCAACUAGGUUUCAUUGAUCUUUACCCUUCAGACCCACCAGCUAUUAAUGGCUAGAUUUUCGUGGCGAUAUCACGGUCCAAAGCUGGCUCGUACGGUUACAAUGAAGCAUACUAUCACCCCGACGGGCCAAUAUCAAUGCCAAGAGGUGUACCGCUAGACCCACCGACCAAAUGAAGAACCUGCAGUACUACUAAUAGAGAAACCGCAAGACGAUUCUGCCAGAGUUUGGUCCGUCGUCUCGUCCCCAGUCAUCUCGCCCCCCAGUCGACUACAAUUAUCAUCACCAGACAAGCAUUGACUAUCUAUAAAAUGGUUGUGUGGACGAAAAUCUUGGUUGAUUCCUUCGUGCCCGUUUAUUGUUCGCAUAGACUCCUGGUAGGUGGGUGUUGGUUUUCAUUUUCUUUCUAUUGCAUAAUUUAUGCGUGCCCCAAUCCAGGGCCCGCCUUGCUAGCAUCUGCAUCAUUUUGGAUGAUGUGACUGCUUAGUCAAUAUUGGGGUUUGGUUUUGUCGAUUGCACUUGGAGUUCUCAUCAUCUCAUCUCCGUCUGAUUAUUGCUUCUUUGGCGGCUCUUCUUUGCUUUUAUCUUGUUCGUCUUUUCCAGUGGCCGACACAAUGGCACCAAAGGUUUGCGCUGCUGCAUUGUUGUCGAAAAUGGCCCAGUAGUUGUCGUCUUUCUUGUACUGUCCCUUGCGGAAAUCCCACUGUGGAUCCUUGCCGGCAUCGACGGACCCAGAGUUCAUAAAGGCACCUCGUCGCACUUGUGCAUGUGUCAAGGGCUCAUCGCGAGCAUUGAGAUUGCCAAUCCACUGUUGUGCCGCAAAGGGAAUCGAGAAAGCGGCCCCCGUAAAGACGACACAUCCUGCCAAGACCCAACCGCUGCCUUUUCUCUGCUGUUCUUGUUCUUUCUGCAACGCCAACUUUUGCUUCUGGGCCAUUUGCUUGAGAGGUCGCGGAGAAACGUGCCUCCGCAAUUCCCUUGCUACUUCUGGUGGUAACUUGCUUAGUGAUCCCAUCGUUAUUGUUAUCUUAUCUUGCACUGCUUCUCUGGAUCCCACGGUACUGGUAGGGUGGGCAGCUGAUGUGUUGUGCACUAAAAUGGGAAGUGGAAGA